AUGAAGAGGCAUCUGGUAAAAUACUGCCAGGAACUACUUGAGGAGCUUUCAGAGGACCUAGAGGAAAGUAUUUCAGCAGGAACUUUCCAUGCUCCUGGAGGGCACAAGCUCUACAGGGAAGCAAUGGAAAGGAUUAAGAGAGACUAUCUGUGCGUGCCCAGAAAAGGAGUGAAGGCAAAUGAGGCCCUUCAGGACUUCCUGCAGUCACAGACACCAAUAGAGAAAUACAUCCUGCAGGCUGACAGAGCCCUCACUGCUGAGCAGAAGGCCUUUGCAGAGAAACGAGCCAGGAUGGAGGCCGCUGAGGAGGAACAGGAAUGGCUAAAAGAUAAACAGGAGGAGCAGCAACAACAAGCACAGGCACAAUUGAGAGACCUCAGGGAGAACAUAGCCCAGCUGAGAGAGAAGCUGGAGAAGGAAAGAGAAAAAUGA